AUGAAAGUUGUCAAGUUCGUAAGCGAGAUGCUCUUCCUGGCCGCCAUGUUUUCAGCCUGUUCUGGAGAAAUUCCAGUGACGGUGAUGUGCUCCAUGGACUGGUUCAUGGUCACCGUACACCCCUUCAUGUGGAACGACGACGUGUACGUGCACUUUCAUGAGCUGCACUUGGGCCUGGGUUGCCCCGUCAACUAUGUUCAGACACACAUCUACCAGUUCACCUACCGCGUCACGGAAUGUGGCAUCAGAAUCAAGGCUGUCUUUCCUGAUGUAAUCAUCUACAGCUCCGAGCUCCACUAUGCCUCGAAGGAUACGUCAUCUAAGUAUGUGAUCCCAGUGUCAUGUGCUGCCCCCAAACGUUCCCAAUGGCUCCCCAUAGCCCACUCCACGCAAGGUGCCAGCCAGGGUGCAGCUGAGGCCAACACUGAUGAUACACAGCAGCAGCUGACCACCUUGUCAGAACCCAGUGCAACAGCUCACUGCGAUUGUCCAUUUUGUGUCUUCAAUGACCAGCAGACGGAGGCCCCCCAAAACGAAGCAGAGGCUCAAGAUGAUUUUCCCAGUCUAUCACCUUAUUUUGUUACUAUUUCUGAAGAUUAG